AUCCCCUCCCUCUCCCUCUUUCCUCCCCCCUCCCUCUAGUACACACACAUAACUACACAUUCCUCCUCAACUUACACCCUCUGUAAUUCGUUUGUUCGCUGGAAUCGUGUGUUUCUUCACACUACGAAGCAUGAAAUUCGGUAAGAGUCUUAGCAACCAGAUCGAGAAAACCCUGCCUGAGUGGCGGGACAAGUUCCUCUCCUACAAGGAGCUCAAGAAGAAGUUGAAGCAGUUGGAGCCUGCUGCUAAAGUUGGCUGCGACGGCGGCUCCGACAGGGCCGCUAAACGCCAGCGAGUCGACGCCUUUGAUUCCAAGGAGGGCGGAGACAAGGAUGGCAUGUCCAAGGAGGAGUGCGACUUCAGGAACUUGUUGGAGAACGAACUCGAGAAAUUUAAUAACUUCUUCGUUGAGAAGGAGGAAGAGUACAUUAUCAAAUUGAAGGAGUUACAAGAUAGGGUGGCGAAAGUAAAGGAUUCUAAUGAAGAGCUACUGAAAAUUCGGAAAGAAAUUGUUGAUUUCCAUGGAGAGAUGGUCUUGCUGGAAAACUACAGUGCCCUUAACUAUACAGGACUAGUGAAAAUACUAAAGAAGUAUGAUAAGAGAACUGGGGCCCUGAUUCGCUUGCCAUUCAUUCAGAAGGUAUUGCAGCAGCCAUUUUUCACCACUGACCUCCUCUACAAGCUAGUAAAGGAAUGUGAAUCAAUGCUGGAUCGCCUCUUCCCUGCAAAUGAACCAGCAGCCUGUGGUGAGGGAAAUCCACAAGCAGAAGGGUGUGAUCCUUCAAGUUCAGCUACAACCAAGAGCAAUGGUCUGCUGAUACCGAAGGAAAUGUCGGAGAUUGAGUACAUGGAGAGUCUCUAUAUGAAGAGUACCAUAUCAGCAUUGCAUGUUUUGCAGGAGAUUAGAAGUGGAAGCUCCACAGUUAGCGUGUUUUCACUGCCACCCCUGCAAAUGAAUGGAUUGGAAGAAAAGUGGAAGAAAAUACCAGUUCUGGAACAAACGGCCAAGUAACCUGCUGGGUUACUUUGAGAGGGCAGUGCACCCGUCCCCCUCUUGUUUUCCCCUGAGAAUGAAGUCUCUGUUACGCUUAUGCCUUAGAUACUAACACAGAUGUAAGAUGCUAAAUGUAAAGAAGGGAUUGGUUGGAUCGAUAGAAUCAUAUAGGUUCCGGAUAAUAAAACCUCUGCAGUUUGUAGGAUUAGCCAUGUUUUGACGUUUUGCCGACGCUUAUAUAUUCAAUAUCAGUAUGUACUGUAACCCCAUAUUCUAUAGCUGCUUCUUACUUGAAUGUUACUAAUACAGGUUUAGAGGUUUUCUUU